UAGGGUGCAGAAAACAUGGCAACUGGCAAUAUAACUGAUGAUUUAACAGAAGAUUUACUCUGCUCUGUCUGUUUGGAUUUGUUUAAAGAACCUGUACUGUUAGAAUGUGGGCAUAAUUUCUGCAAAUCCUGUAUAGAUAAAGUCUGGGACACUGAGGAAACUCCUUCCUGUCCAGAGUGCAGACAGGAAUUUCCAAGCAGAAAGUACACUAUCAACAGGCUGUUAAGUAAGUUUUCGGAGAAAGCUCAAAGGGUUCAGCAAGGUGAGAAAGCAAGAAAGCCACACCAGGAGCAGAAAAGUCACUGUGCGCUUGAAUCACAGCAGUGCUUGGAGCACAAAGAAACACUGAAAUUGUUUUGUCAAGAAGAUGAAAUUCCCAUAUGUGCCUUGUGUGUGAUUUCCACUGAACACUCGGGACACUCCUUUGUAUCCCUGCAAGAAACAGUAAACAUGCGUCAGAACAAGCUGCAAGAAGACUCAUCCCUUCUGGAAUUAAAACUUAAUGACAUCAAAGCCCUUGAAAAUCAACAACAACAAAUGAUAUCAGACCUCCAGAAUAAAUCUUUGAGUUUAGAACAACACAUAACAUCAGAAUUUGCCAAGCUGCACAGGCUACUCCAGGAUAAGGAACAAAGUCUGAUAGAACAGCUAAAGAAGGAAGCAGCAGGAAGUCUGGGAAAGAUGGAGGAAAACCUGAAGGAUAUAAAAGCCAAACACAGUAUCAUUCAGGAUCAUCUAACUUAUAUUCACUUAGCACUGCAGCUGGAAAAUCCUGUAAACAUUCUAAGGGUAAGCUAUAUUUUAGCUGUUCAUGUCCCUCUUCUGUUUUAGUCAUGUCCCACUGCUAAUAUGACUGCUUAGCUAAAUGACACUGCAAACAUUGCUAUGUUCUGGUUUAUUUUGCACCACACUAAAACACUCAAGUGAUGAUAUCCCCAGAAUGAGAUUUUGUUCUAACUUGCCCACUGUUGUCCUAGCCUGAGGUAUUGUCUCACUCAAUAACACUGCAUCUGGUUGUUUUAAAUAUGCUGUUGAAUGAGAUGGUCUCCAUCAUUGUCUUUCCUCUGUGUUUGUAGGAAUAUGUAGCCCUGUCAGAGAUCACAGUUUUUAAGGUUACAUAAAGGGCUGAGUAUGACAAGACUGAUUUUCAGCAUCUGAAAAAUAAAGCUGCAUUUUUUUCAAAAUAAGUCAAAUAUAUGCAAUUUAUUUAAAUGUAAAACAGAUUGACCUUGUUUCUACUUGUAACUUCAUUAGAUGUCCUAAGUUCAUAUAAAA